AUGAAUUGGUUUAUAUUUUCGUUUACUAUUUUAAAAAUAUUAGUAGAAAAUUGUUUUGUAAACUGUGAUAUUGAGUCCGCGACUAAGAGCUAUUAUAAUAGUGAAAUUAUAAAAAAAGUUCAAAAACAAUGGGAAAAUGACAGAAAGUCCUACGAAAACGCUUUAAAACUUGCAUUAAGGGACAACUUUGGUACAAAAGAAAUCGAUGGGAUUGAAAGAAUAAAUGAAAAUGCUUGCAAGUUGUCAAAUGGAUUUUAUAUUUUUGAUAAUGUAGUCCACGUGAUCCUAGAAGACAUGUAUUUAAAGGAACUGCCACAUCUUAAGACCCCCGAAGUUUCCUUCCCUUUAACUUACAACGUACUUCUCGUUGAUGCCGAACUAAGUAGGAUGAUAGUGGAGACGAAAUACCAUUUGAUGAGGAACUACUCAGAAGUGGAAUUUUCGGGCACAAAUCAGGAUCCAUUCAAAACUUCUCCAUUUGCUUUCCAAGAGGUACAAGAUAAAGGGUAUUUAACGUAA